AUGGACUUGGCGGGCACCGGAGUCGUUGGCGCUCUGCGGAAGGUCUUCAGCUACAUGAGACCACCCACAGAACUGAGCAAAAUCGACCGCAUCACGGCAGCUGCUGCUCAUCUGUGGUGGCGCACUCACGACCUGGAUGAUGCCCAGCCAUACGUUGCUGGCAUGCAGGAAGCAGACGAGGCACUGGAGUGGACGCUGUUUUCGGAGGCAGAGGCUCCGAAUGGUGCGGACGGCCAGGAGCCACGGCAAAGCUCCUCGUGGCUGGCUGGCCAGGAGGGCGAGGUUUGUGGUGCUCGUCUCCGAUCUGUCCUUCACAGUGUGGAAGGACUGGCCAGGCUGCUGUUUUCCACAGUUCUACUCUGCUGGAACAUCCGCAGGGUGCUUCCGGACUCGGAAGGGGGCAACAAUACGCGGCUGUCCUUCCAAGAAUGGCUGGAAGUGAACUCCAGAAUUGAGGCAGACGGGACAACGCCUUCCGUCGCCGUUCAGAAGUGCAUCUACAACACCCUGCUUCAAGAUGAGUGCAUUGAGCUGCUGCCGGAUGCCUCGGUCAAGAAGACCGCAAUGCCGGAGUUUCAGGAGGCUCCAGAGGACACGUCAUCUGCUUUGCGCGCUGCGGGGCAGGUGGCGGGCGAGACGCUGAGUGGUUGGGCAUCGAUACCCCCCGGCGGGCUGGAGCGCUUCGACGUUCCGAUGCCUCACGGCCAUCAAGGCGGCUUGUCCGGUGCGAAGCUCUCGCACUGCGUCCUCAGCGAGACCUCGAGCAGCUUUCUUGACCGCGGUCACAAGAACGGCAUCAACUUGCUGCAGCCAGAGGUGACUGCAUCUUCCGGUGAGGCCGUGUGGAUGUCUUUGAAGUAUGCUUUCUGGCUAUUCUUCUCAACAUCCCCGGAUGAUCCUGCGCCGUACGUCUUCAUCCGCUUGCAGGACACGGUUCUGCGCGAAACCAAUCUGCGUGACAAGAGCCUGGUCCUGGCUGGCAGGAUGAAGAAGUCUGCUGAUGACGAUGUGGCAGGUCCUUUCGGGGAUUCUGCUCGUGAGCCCUUGCGGCUCUGCUUCCUUUUGGCAGACGGCCGAUUUCAGCUCUUCGAAGCACUGUGGCUGGAACUGCAGCUGACCUCUGAAGAGGAGAUGCAGAUGUGGGCGCGUGCGAUCUCCAAUGCAUGCAUAGCAGAGUGA